UGCUGAGGGAAAUCAACAACAAAAAAGGAUGCCUUUUCAUUUCAGCCCCGACGAAACGCUCAAACUUUGUGUUGGAGGAGGGCUUGACUAAAUGUGAAAGGUGGUAACAGGCUAUGUUUCUAAGAGCGGCGGUGUGGAAGAAGAUAGAAGACGAUGAAAACGUGGAGUCCGGAGCUGAAGCUGCAGAGUCUGACUACAGCAGGAUGUCAUCAUCUGGCAUUGAGCUCAUGACCAGCCGGGUCAGACAGAAACGGCCGCAGCAGCCACUCCUGCUAAUGAACCUUCAUCUGCUGUCCAACCCUGGAGACUCACUGCUGCUGCAGCAAACCCUGGAUCGCCUCCUCCGCUGGCUCUGUCCUAGCCUUCGCAUCUUCCAUGUGUCAGAGAGGGCCUGCCCGUUCAGAAGUUACACCCGUCUCUGUCCUGUGGCAGGCUUGCCUUCUCUGGCCAUCACUUUCUUCCUCCAUGAGGCAUAUGGAGAGGAGCGAAUCCUCAAAGUGGUGGACUUCUUCCAGCGUCCACCGUGGCAGUACCACCACACCGAGAGCUGCAGCAGGCAGACCGUAGGGAUCCAUAUCACAUCCAGCUGUUCCCCCACCAAUGCACUAAUGCAGCCCUACCUCCUGCCCAGCAGAGACUUUUACAGCUUGGGCGCAGGGAUGCCUGUGUGGGGAGUUCGACCAGUACACUGUGGAGGAGAGAUACUGCGUGUGACGCUGUACAGUGGAUAUGACAACUAUGAGGACGCUGUGCGGCUCUAUGAGACGGUGUUGCAGCGACAGGCAGAGGAGCAGAAGACAGGCUUCUGCUGGUUCACUCUCCACACCGAGCCCGGGCUAUGCCUGCAGCUGGCUAUAAAACAGUUGUCACAAGGGGUUCGGGUGGAGCCAUGCAGCUCUGCUGUGCUGCAGUUCAGUGUGGAAGAAAUCGGACAGCUAGUUCCUCUGUUGCCAAAUCCCUGUACCCCAAUCAGCACAACACGCUGGCAGACAGAAGACCUUGAUGGCAACAAAUUACUCUUCCAGGUGAACACCCCGACCCAACCUCAGCGGCCUCUGACCUGUGCUUUCCCUCUGACCUACCCCAGCGUGUCCCCUCGAGGAAUGCAGCUCAGGAGCUCAGGACAGAGUCACAGCCUAUCGCCCUGCAGCCUCCCAACAUCGCUGCCCAGGCAGACACGCAGGCAAGGUCCCAGGCCGCGCAGUGACCCCGUCCUGGAGAAGCUUCAUGGCGGAGCAGAGAGUCUGGGAUCAGGAAGCUGCUGCAGCACCCCUCCAGGCAGCUCCUGUUACUCAUCGCAGCGCAGCAGUCCCUCAACCACCAAUCACCCUGAGUCUCCUCUGCGCCCCUCUAUAACCCGCUCCCUCUCCCAUCUCCUUCUGGAGGAGGAAGAGGAGCCAGAGACCAACGUGGACACUGGAGUUGCUGUCACACCUCGCUCUGAAACUGCUGUCACAACAAUCAUUCGCUCUUCUUCCAUGGACCUUUUAAAUACACCCAGUUCUGAAAGACCUGCAGCUGUUGGGGCAUCAGCCAGGUAUGGUCUGGCCAAGGAACUGAUUGAAUGUCUGCCAUUGAAGCAUAUAACACUGCAGGGCCCCUCGCAGACAAGGGGCUACGCGGGUUGUCUAGAUGCAGCCAGGCAGGGCUGUGGAGGCAGGACUCAGGCAGCAGGACAGAGUCCCUCCAAAAGGCCUGUAGUGGAGCUGCUGUCAACAGGUUCAAACAGCGACCAGCAAGUAGAUGAGUUCUUCAUCUAAAAACCCUCCAAUACACAGCUCCCUGUGGUGAUGAACACACUGCAGACAAGAUGAGACACCCUGUAAGUGGAUCUGAAGUCAUGCUGGAGGACACAGCUGAGCAGCUUGACAUCUUCUGUUGUCAUGAUUGCUGCUCUUAUGUCAAAAUUUGGCUGCAGGGGACACUUUCCACUCAGAAGUUACUUGAAGUCUAGAUUCUGAAAAUGGUUAAAUUCAUCUCAUGAGUUUUAAUGAAUAUAAUGUACAAUGCUUCUAAUCUGUUUGGUACCUGUAGACAAAGUGGAACAAGAUCACUUAUAUAUUUGAAGGCAAUGCAGCUAAUGAAACAAUGAAUGUCUUUUCAUAUCACUAAUGAUAUGUGCAGCUAAAGUGCUGAAAUGCAUCAAUGAGAAUAGUAAAACAUGAAGGAGGCGCUCUGUAUGAGGAGUUACUGUCAGGAUAUUAUGCCAGUCCAGUCCUCUGUAAGAUAAAUCAUGUGUCGAUGAGAGAACAGAAUUAGUCUGACUUUGCUUCACAGUGUAUAUUUGUCAAACCAAGCUUCACACUGUUAACAGAUAGCUAAUUGGCUGUUGAUGACUUUUGUUUGAGUGCACUUCAGAGCAGUUAACUGUAUUGAAAAGGAUUUAUUCCUCAGAUAGCAUAGAGAUAACAGGAUUUUCUAAAUUACCACUUAAAGAAAACUGACUUAAAGAAGGUAUUUAGUGUUUAAUAUAUAUUUUUAAAUUGUAAUCCACCAUUAGUAUGUAAGCUGUCUUAAACUGAACCUGUGACUUCAGAAAUGAGGCCACAGUGAGAUGAAGUAACAGAAGACAGAUGAAAUUUAGUGCAACCUCAGCAAGUGCAUCAAGUUUGGGCUCCAAAAGACGGUUGUCAAACUCAAUAGAACAAACCAUUGUAAUGAUUGUAGCAGUUGGAGACAGGUCUUCUACUAGAUAUCAGAGAAAGUGAAUCUACCGUGUCUUUUUAACUCUAGUUUCUCUUGGUCUGACUAGUCUCUUUCAUAACAAUGAUUUCUUCAAUUUUUUUCCUGUAAAGUGAACUUUCAAAAUUGGAUUGUGACCUUUAGAAAUAACCUAUGAAUCAAUAAAACCGAAUCCUUGUUUA